AGCUCCAUUUUAAAGGCAAACAGCCUGAAAUAAAUAUCAAUAAUUAAUCACAAAAAAUAUAAGUCGCUUAUUAAUCUCGAUUUCAAGAGCAAAUAUAUCCUUCCUAUAUCGGCAAAAAUCCAACGGAUUCUGUCGUCUUCGCGGUAUAAUAAAAAUUAACCGUUUAAAAUUGGUGGGCUGCUAUACGAUUAAACCCGAUAUCAAACGAGGCGCGCUUCGUAUUACAUUGAUCUCCUGCCUUCUGAUUGGCUCGGCACGUUGGACAAUUAACGUAUGCUAGUUACUCACCUUUGUGAGAAAACCCCUUUAAACUUUUCACUUUAUAUCAUAUUUUUUGUAUUUUUAUUAUCUGAAUAUAAAAAAAAAUCAUAAUCAAAUCGAAAACUGAGCAAAAAAGAAAAUUACGUAUUAGUGAUUAAUGGUAUGGGUGUCAAUUUUCUAGGUUAUAUAUUAAGUGGCGUAUUCCCUAUUUGUUAAAUUUAAAUUAAGGAAACAAUUGUCUGAAAAAAUGACGGAAUGUAGUGACUAUAUUAAGAAUAUUUUCCCAUCGAUUGACGAGGACUUGAAGCAAUACGUCGAGGGGGUUUUGCGAAACGGGGUUGAUGACUUCGAAGACAGUGACGAGGUUUACGAUGCUAUCGGAGAAGUUUUACAUGAAGUGUCAACCGACAAAAGUGAAGCAGACAUAAAGCAUAUCUGCAAUGAAUUGCUUACCAUGCUGAGACCUGGCAAAGUUGUUAAAGGUAAUGGCAAUAUGAAAAUCCUAGAUGCUCCUGUACAUUUAGCCUCAAUGGCAGGAAAUUUGGAGACAAAUGUAGAUGAAAUUAAAAGCAUUUGGGUGGCACAAAGAGAUGAUUCAUUGAAAGUAAAUGCGAGAAAACUUGAAAAGGCUGAGGCUAAACUGCAAGAAAAACAAGAAAAAAGAACUAAAGAGGUGAAAAGUAUAGUGGUGCCCAAGUUGCAAAGUGCCACUGCUUCUCAGGUCGUUAACAAAAAGGAAAGCAAGAUGGAAGCCAAAGGCAAUAACAGAGCACAAGAUAUCAGAAUAGAAAAUUUUGAUAUAGCAUAUGGGGACAGGGUAUUACUUCAAGGUGCAGACUUAAUGUUGGCUUUUGGUCGGAGAUACGGUUUGGUGGGUCGUAAUGGAUUAGGAAAGAGUACUUUAUUAAAAAUGAUCUCAUCAGGACAGUUACGGAUACCAUCUCAUAUUUCUAUCCUUCAUGUGGAACAAGAAGUAACAGGAGAUGAUACUUUGGCUAUAGAUAGUGUCUUAGAAUGUGAUAUUUUAAGACAAACUUUGUUAGAAAGAGAAAAAGAAAUCAGUAUUGCAAUCAACGCGGGGUCUACCGAUCCAGAUUUGAAUACCCAGUUAAAUGAGGUUUAUGCUCAACUGCAGAAUAUUGAAGCUGAUAAAGCACCUGCGCGAGCAUCCAUUAUUUUAAAUGGUUUGGGAUUUAGUUUUGAACAGCAGCAAAAUCCUACAAGGACAUUCUCAGGUGGAUGGAGAAUGAGGUUAGCGCUUGCAAGGGCCCUUUUCUCAAGGCCCGAUUUGCUAUUGCUUGAUGAACCGACCAACAUGCUGGACAUCAAGGCGAUCAUAUGGCUGGAAAACUAUCUCCAAUUAUGGCCGACAACAUUGUUGGUGGUAUCACAUGACCGAAACUUUUUGGAAACGGUACCUACGGAUAUCCUGCACUUGCACUCACAAAGGAUAGAUGCCUACCGGGGAAAUUAUGAACAAUUUGAAAAGACCAAGAAUGAAAAGAUAAAAAAUCAGCAAAGAGAAUAUGAGGCUCAGAUGCAACAAAGGCAGCAUGUGCAGGAGUUUAUUGAUAGGUUUAGAUAUAACGCAAAUAGGGCUGCACUGGUACAAUCGAAAAUCAAAAUGUUGGAGAAGAUGCCGGAAUUAAAGCCAAUCGUCAAAGAACCUGAAGUAGUUCUAAGAUUACCAGAAACGGAGCCUUUAUCUCCUCCAAUAUUACAAUUAGAUGAAGCAAGUUUUAGAUACAGUGCAGACAACAGGUUAAUAUUUUCGAAUGUCAACCUCGGGGCAACCAUGGAGUCUAGAAUUUGUAUUGUGGGCGACAAUGGCGCGGGCAAAACAACCUUACUGAAGAUAAUUAUGGGCAUUUUAACUCCCACCUCAGGAAUGCGACAUGUUCACAGGAAUCUUAAAUUUGGCUAUUUCAGUCAACAUCAUGUGGACCAGUUGAAUAUGAACGUAAAUUCUGUAGAGCUGCUCCAACAACAAUAUCCAGGAAAACCCAUUGAGGAAUAUAGGAGACAAUUAGGAAGUUUUGGAGUAUCUGGGGACCUAGCUCUACAAACCGUUUCUAGUCUGUCAGGAGGUCAAAAAUCUAGGGUCGCAUUCGCCAGUAUGUGCAUGGGAAGACCCAAUUUCCUGGUUCUGGAUGAACCUACUAAUCACUUGGACAUCGAAACUAUCGAAGCGCUGGGAAAGGCAAUUACAAAGUAUACUGGGGGAGUGGUAUUGGUCUCCCAUGAUGAACGGCUAAUCCGUAUGGUAACCAAUGAGUUAUGGGUGUGCGGAGCGGGAUCAGUUAAAAGUAUAGAGGGCGGUUUUGAUGAAUACAGGAAGAUCGUCGAGCAAGAACUUGAAGCCGCAGCCCAAUCCAAAUGAUUAGUAGGCGAUUGCACCCUGUUGUACAAUGAAUAUGGAAGCUGUGAUUUUUCCCUACAUGAUGCGAAUACGCAAAAACAUUUUAGUGAAUGUGCCUAAUACAGACUACCUGUUGAAACUUUUCAUUAUUUUCGUCUUCGAGGGCCGACCAUAAACUAUGUCUGAUGAAUUCAUAAAUCAAUCAUUUCUUAACAAAUCCUACAGAAUAUUACAAAUUAAAUCAACGCUACAAAAAUUAUUCUACUUCUAAAAUUAAUAAGUGUCAUAUAAUCCCAAAAUACAACCAAUGAAUUAAGUCUCAUUUUUUUUUAAAUUUUGAUAUUUUCUAACAUGUGAGUGAAUGUUAAUUAGGGUAAAAUAAAAAAAAAUCGGAUAUUUUAAAGGUUUUAAAUAUUUAAAAGUUUCCUU